GAGCCAAGCCAAUACAAUUCAGCAUCGGAUUUCGGCUGCAUCCGGUCCUAAUCUCAUCCGCUGCAGUGACUAGUCCACGUUAUAACACUGACUUUUUUUGAUCACAUCUAGGUAUAACCCACGCCAGAACGCGCUGCCGUGUCGCGACCAAAAAAACAUUCCAUUCGCCAUCAUAAUCCUGUGUACUCCACAUGACAAAUUCUACACCGGAAGCCAAACCUGCACGCAUACCAAAGUUAAGCUCGUCGGUGCACGACAUCAACGCUGAUAAACCACCCUUUGGAUCAAGGUUUCUUACUCAAGACUCUGAUGUCUGGGCCCAAAAUGCUUGGGACCAUGUUCCACCCCCUGAGGAUCAAACUGAAACGAUCACUGCAUCACUAGCUAGGCAACGUCUUGUUCCAGUACCAGACAAUGAUAAGAAGACUUAUAAUGAAAAGCCCGCAAAGUUCUGGGAUAAUUUUUACAAGACGAACGCCGAUAACUUCUUCAGAAAUAGAAAAUGGCUGCAUCUUGAGUUUCCAGAACUCCUAGCAGCAGCAGAACCAGAUGCAGGGAACAUAACCAUUUGCGAAAUAGGAUGCGGCGCCGGAAACGCAGCAUUUCCACUUCUAAUGGCAAACAAAAAUCCAAAUCUUAUCAUCCGUGCCUACGAUUACUCAACUCAUGCAGUCAAAUUAGUACAGACAAAUACCCUCUAUAGCUCCCCGCCUGUUGGCAAAAUAGAGGCAGCUGUAUGGGAUCUGUCAUCACUGGACAAACUCCCACCGGGUGUAGAGCCCGGCACUGUGGACAUCAUUGUUCUCGUGUUCGUGCUUAGUGCACUGCAUCCAGAUGAAUGGGGUAAGGCUAUCGCUAACAUUCACAAGAUGCUCAAGCCUGGCGGGCUCGUAUUGUUCCGCGACUAUGGUAGACAUGAUCUCACUCAACUGCGGUUCAAAUCCGGUCGUCUGCUCGAAGACAAUUUUUACAUCCGGGGUGACAAGACACGAGUUUAUUUUUUCGAGCUGGACGAGCUGGCACUGAUCUUCACCGGAUCCCGUGCCUCGCCCACUCAGAAAACGUCAACGAUGACAGAAGUCGUGGACGAAGAUGAGGAUAGCGAGCCACCAUCACUACCCGCACCAUCGCAAAUCGCCAGUCCUGCAUCACACAUGUCGACGGAAAUUCCCGACUCAGGAUCUGACGUUCUCCCCGACUUACCCUCGUCAGGUCCAUCCUUACAGCCAUCCUCUGACGUCCACCGCAAUCUCCUUCAUCCUCUGGCCCAUUGUCCCCCACACCCUCUGUUUAAAAUUGAACAACUCGGCGUCGAUCGACGGCUUCUGGUCAACCGGAAGCGCCAGUUGAAGAUGUAUCGCAUCUGGAUGCAAGGGAAGUUCCGUAAGCCGAGUGAUGCAGACGUGGUAUAAAUAAAGUGAUGGAGCCUGUUGACUGCGUACGUACUGACUUAUACACGAUAAGCCCGCUCCUCUUGAGGGUCGGGUCAUCAUUCAAGUAUGAAUCUGGGGACCAAGCAUUGGCAACAUAUUUUCUUAGAGCAACGAGCCUCUAAUCCAAGAGGUCCUAUAGGAUCUCUAUCUAUAACGAUCACGCGGGCCCCAUUCUAUUUCAGCGUUCGUGAUGGAGAUAGUGCUGGUGUCGUGCAAUGUAUGGGUGCUUAUAAGCCAGGCAGAUACCAUCCGGUACACCUAGGCGACACAUUUCCUAAGGGCGAUAACCCAAGGUACCGCGUUAUGUUGAUCUGGGAUGCAGCGGACCGUCCUACAGCGGUUGAUUUGCUUAAUCCCUGACUUGAUGAUGAUCGAGCUCAACUUAUUUCCACCG